AUGGCCGCAGUCCCAGAGAGCCGACCUAUAAAAUUCACAAUUACCCACCACCGCCAGCAACAACACUCCCAUGAGGCAUUUAUGAAGUGGAUGGUCGAGGAGCACCUACCUCUUGCCAUGCCCGUCUUCGUUAAAUACGGAGUGCUUGAAUACUCACUUUUCGCCACACCCCCUUCUAUCAAUGACGCAUUGAAACAGGAAAUUAUACAAAUUCGACCAAGCUGGGAUUUCGCUGACUUUGACUGUUUCAUCGAGUACACACUUCCCGAUGUGGAAACCAUCAAGAAAGUCAUGUCGGAUCCAGAGUGGCAGAUAGCGGUCAAGGACCAGAGUGACUGGGUUCAGGUCUCGAAGGCUUUAGUCUCCGUGGGAUACUCUACCCCGUACGUGCUAAACGGGAAGCCUGUAAACAUGGCAAAGUGA